UCUAAGGGUCAUCAUCAUAUUAUGUUCAGUUCUUCAUAAGCUCUGAGGAGAUACUUUGCAUGUUAUCCUUUCAUUAGUCUUAAAGCACUGAGAUGAUUGUCCACAAGGUCCCUUUUGCAAAUGGAAAAUAGGGGUUUCAUUUUCCUCCAUUUGGAUGCAUGGAUGAAAAAAUUUGCCAGCAUUAUCAGAUUGUUCAAUAUCAAGUCACUCUUAAUGUCCUUCAUGUUAAUACCAAACACAAUAUUUUCUCUUGUGAGAGGAGCCAACACAGUCAGCUGGAGCAGCAGCUGAGGAGCAUCUCUGUGAGGGGGCGCGGCCUCCUCCUCCUCUCUGGCUCCCCUGCUGCUGCUGCUGCUGGUUUUAGUGUCAGACUGUCACUGGAGGACGGAGCUUCUCUCCAUCCAUCCAUCCACAGCGGAGGGAGAUGGCUGACCCCGCAUCAGAGACCUCUAUCAAGGUGGUGUGCCGUUUCAGGCCCCUCAACAGCUCGGAGUUGGCCCGGGGAGACAAGUACAUCCCCAAGUUUCAAGGGGAUGACUGUGUGACGAUGGGGGGUAAACCGUACUACUUUGACCGUGUGUUCCAGUCCGAUACAACUCAGGAGCAGUUCUACAACGCUUGGGCUCAGAAGAUUGUCAAAGAUGUUCUUGAGGGCUACAAUGGGACAAUAUUUGCCUAUGGGCAGACAUCCUCUGGUAAAACACACACAAUGGAGGGGAAACUCCACAACCCAGACAUGAUGGGAAUCAUUCCCAGAAUAGUUCAGGACAUCUUCAACUACAUUUAUUCCAUGGAUGAGAACCUGGAGUUUCACAUCAAAGUUUCAUAUUUUGAAAUCUAUUUGGACAAAAUCAAGGACUUGUUGGAUGUGUCAAAGGUCAACCUUUCUGUGCACGAGGAUAAAAACAGGGUGCCCUAUGUUAAGGGGUGUACCGAGCGUUUCGUGAGCUGUCCCGACGAGGUCAUGGACGCCAUAGACGAAGGCAAAAACAGCAGACAUGUGGCUGUCACAAACAUGAAUGAGCACAGCUCCAGGAGUCACAGCAUCUUCCUCAUCAACAUCAAGCAGGAAAACAGUCAGACUGAACAGAAAUUCACCGGCAAGCUCUACCUCGUCGAUCUGGCCGGGAGUGAAAAAAUUGGUAAAACAGGAGCAGAGGGCACAGUGCUGGAUGAAGCCAAGAUGAUCAACAAAUCCCUGUCUUCACUGGGAAAUGUCAUCUCAGCUCUGGCGGAGGGCUCGGCCUAUGUACCGUACAGAGACAGUAAGAUGACCAGGAUCCUGCAGGACUCCCUGGGAGGGAACUGUCGGACCACCAUGGUCAUCUGCUGCUCACCCUCCGCUUACAAUGAUGCUGAGACCAGAUCCACACUGCUGUUUGGACAGAGGGCAAAGACCAUCAAGAACUCAGUGAGUCUGAAUGUGGAGCUCACUGCAGAGCAGUGGAAGAAGAAGUUUGAGAAAGAGAAGGAGAAGAACAAGACGCUGAAAACCACCGUCACCUGGCUGGAGACCGAGCUCAACCGCUGGAGGGGCGGAGAGAGCGUGCCAGUGGAGGAUCAGUUUGAUAAAGAGAAGGCCAAAGCGGAGGUCCAGGCCCUGGACGCGGCGCCCAACAACGAUAAGAAGGCAUCAACACCUGCCCUCAGCACCCUCCCUGGGGUCCAACUCACAGGGGCAGAAAAAGAGAAGUACGGGGCAGACAUGGCCAAGCUUUACAAAGAGAUGGAUGACAAGGACGAGGAGAUCAACCAGUUGUCUCAGUUGAUGGAGACGCUGAAGCAACAGAUGUUGGACCAGGAGGAGCUCUUAGCCUCCUCCAGCAAUGACCACGAAACCCUGCAGACAGAACUAAACCGGAUUCUGUCGGAGAAUGAAGCCUCUAAGGAGGAGGUGAAGGAGGUGCUGCAGGCCCUGGAGGAGCUGGCUCUCAACUACGACCAGAAGAGUCAAGAGGUCGAGGACAAAGCACUAGAGUUCGAGGCUCUCAGCGACGAGCUGAACGAGAAAUCGAGCUCCUUGGCCUCCAUUGACAUUGAACUCCAGAAGCUGAAGGAGAUGACCAACCACCAGAAGAAGAGGGUCACUGAGAUGAUGUCAUCAUUACUCAAAGACCUGGCUGAGAUAGGCAUCGCCGUGGGAAGCAACGACAUUAAGCAACAAGAGAGCAGCGGCCUCAUCGAUGAAGAGUUCACUAUGGCCCGUCUCUACAUCAGUAAGAUGAAGUCAGAGGUGAAGACGAUGGUGAAGCGCAGCAAACUGCUGGAGAGCACCAAGGCCGAGAGCACCCAGAAGAUGGACGAGACGGAGAUGGAGCUGAUCGCCUGCCAGCUCCGUGUCUCCCAGCAUGAAGCUAAAAUCAAGUCCCUGACAGACAGCCUCCAGAAUGUGGAGCAGAAGAAAAGACAGCUGGAGGAGAACGUGGACUCUCUCAAUGAGGAAAUAGUCCGGGUCAAUGCCCAAGUUCUACUUCCAGAGAAAGUCAAAACCAUGGAGAAGCAGAAUGAGAUCCAGUCUGCCAAUGAAGUCAAGGAGACUGUGGAGAAGCAGAUCCAGGCUCACAGAGAGACCCAUCAGAAACAGAUCAGCAGCCUGAGAGACGAGCUGGACGACAAGGAGAAACUCAUGACGGAGCUACAGGAUCUGAACCAGAAGAUCGUGCUGGAGCAGGAGAGGCUGAGGGUGGAGCACGAGAAGCUCAAGGCUGCCGACCAGGAGAAGAGCCGCCAGCUGCAGGAGCUCACGGUGAUGCAGGACAGGCGGGAUCAGGCCAAACAGGACAUGAAGGGACUGGAGGAGACUGUGGCCCGAGAGCUGCAGACACUUCACAAUCUCAGGAGGCUUUUUGUCCAAGACUUGGCCACUCGAGUCAAAAAGAACGCUAAGAACUCGGAUGGCACAGAAGGCAGCGCUGCCCAGAAACAGAAGAUCAGCUUCCUGGAGGACAACCUUGAGCAGCUCUCAAAAGCUCACAAGCAGCUGCUACGGGACAACGCCGACCUUCGCGGCGAGCUGCCUAAACUGGAGAAGCGCCUGCGGGCCACCGCCGAGCGGGUCAAAGCCCUGGAGGGGGCUCUGAGGGAGGCCAAAGAGAACGCAGCCAUCGACCGGAAGCGCUACCAGCAGGAGAUGGAGCGCAUCAAGGACACUGCCAAGCCCAAAAACAUGGGCAGAAGAGCCUCGAUUGCCAAGCCCAUCAGAGCAGGCCAGCUGAACAACCUCAUCAAGGCAGCAGGCAUCAACAGGCUGAUGCAUCAAGGUGGAGAGAUGUCAGAGUGAUGGAUCGCCGCAGCACUGCGCCCCGAGCAGAUAGCUCCAGCUCCUUGACAGUACCCAGGAGGUGAACUGACGCCCUUUCCAGCUACCGGUCCACACUCCGUACCCGGUCUGUGCGGGACUUGAGCCGACUACCCUUCGGUUCCCAAGCCAAGACCCUACGGACUGAGCUACUGCCACGCAAGACAUCCAAAAAGAUAUCAUGUAAAUUCCUUUCCAUUCUUUUUCUUUCCUGGUUUCCCCUACACCUGUGGAGCACAGUCACCCCAACAACUAGCCAAAGCUCCAGACCCAGAGAAGUUUUCACUCCAAAAUAUUGAACUUUUACCUAGAACCACUGCACCAUUCUUCAAUCAUCAAAGUCUGUAUAUAUACUGUAUAUAAGUAUGGCAUGUACUGUGCAGUCAUUCAUGAAACCAAACCACAUUAGUGCCUUGAAAAUCAACAUAUAAUGCAACAAGUUGACAGCAACUUACUAAGAUAUUAGCCUAAACUAUCAGACGUUGACGGAUCCCUGAACAUCAGAAGACACUUCUGUCAUGGCGUACAGUAAAGAGAAAGGUCCUGUUUCUCAGGGAUUCCUUUGGUUUUAGCUAAAUAGAUUUUUUUAACCGUACGUGUUUAAAAACACCAGAACCUGUGCAGAUGAUUGUAAUAAUCUGUCUUAACCAACCAAAAGUGUAUUUAACCACAUAUCAGUGGUUCAAAAUGAGGCUGAAUGAUGAUGAAUUUUUUGCAAGGUGAGUAAGAACUGAGAAUUAUCUGAACAUCUAUCUUCCGUACACCUAUAAAAUAAGUGUAUGCAUACUCUGCCUUAUUUUUUGUCUGACUGGAUCACUGUUGUUAUUAACGUUGAGUGCUUGAAACUAUCUCAGAAAGCCAUUAGCUCCUCAGAAGGUUUGGCUCGGCGACAGCGCUCUUGUCUUUGGGCUCAGGACAGGAAGAGUGCUGGGAGUGGGUAGAUAGAUAUAGAUGUAAUGUAUGCCUGAUAGCUGCAGGCAAGAGCUCACUUAUGUUGACCUUGUUUGUUAAAACAUGAAUUAUGUUUUGUUUUUAAUGUAGCUAAUGUAUCCAAGCUGAAUUUCCAGGAUGAAAGUGGAUGAUUGAUACUUACCCUGUAACACUCUGGAGCCUUAAUAGCACUCCUGACAAGUCAUCCGUUUAUUAUUGUACAGAAUAUAAAAUUAAAGCUUCUAAAGAAAAAA